UUCUUUCCUCCUCCCUCCCUGCUUCACUAGCUGAAAAGCCAAUAAAAAACCUCUCCACCUCCUACACAGUUCAGAAGAAGAUCUGCGUGCAUUUAUCCUAGGCACGUUUGGAGACCCAGAAGGGGAUGAAGGUAGUUAACGUGCAAUGGGAAUCUUCACUUCAGGCACUAACCUCUACCUUUGUGCUGACUUUGCUGAUAUGCUGCAAGCUAAAUAUUAGACAAUUUUUUGUUCAAAUUAAGUCCAGCCUGAGAAGAAGAGAUGGUUGAAGAAAUGUCUCAAGCAUACUUGCAUCUACCUAAUCAGACGUUGUGUGCAGAUACAAAUGGUACAGAACUGAAAUCAAUCGUAGAGAAUGAAACAACAAAUGAAAAAUGGACCGAAGAUUCCUUUCCAGGAUUAGAAAUACUGUGCACAAUUUAUGUUACAUACGCUGUGAUCAUUUCAGUGGGUCUCCUUGGAAAUGCUAUACUCAUCAAAGUCUUUUUCAAGAUUAAAUCAAUGCAGACGGUUCCAAAUAUCUUCAUCACCAGCUUGGCAUUUGGAGACCUGCUGCUUUUAUUAACUUGCGUGCCUGUAGAUGCAACGCGGUACAUUGUGGAUACCUGGAUCUUCGGGAGAAUCGGGUGCAAGCUGCUGUCUUUCAUCCAGUUAACAUCAGUUGGAGUGUCAGUGUUCACACUGACUGUUCUCAGUGCUGACAGGUACAGAGCCAUUGUUAAGCCCCUGGAGCUGCAGACCUCGGACGCGCUCCUGAAGACCUGCUGUAAAGCUGGCUGUGUGUGGAUUGUCUCCAUGGUAUUUGCUAUCCCCGAGGCUGUGUUUUCAGAUUUGUACUCUUUCAGCAAUCCGGAGAAAAAUGUAACUUUUGAGGCAUGUGCUCCCUAUCCCGUAUCUGAGAAGAUACUGCAGGAAGUGCAUUCCUUGAUUUGCUUCCUUGUGUUCUACAUUGUGCCACUGGCUGUUAUUUCUGUCUAUUAUUUUCUUAUCGCCAGGACUUUGUACAAAAGUACAUUCAACAUGCCAGCAGAAGAACACAGUCAUGCCCGUAAGCAGAUUGAAUCCCGCAAGAGAGUUGCAAAAACAGUGCUGGUGCUUGUUGCUUUGUUUGCCUUUUGCUGGUUGCCCAACCACAUCCUCUACCUAUACCGCUCUUUCACAUACCAUGCUUCUGUAGAUGCUUCUACCUUUCAUCUGAUAGUUACUAUUUUUUCCCGUGCCUUGGCCUUCAGCAAUUCCUGUGUCAAUCCUUUUGCUCUUUAUUGGCUGAGUAAAAGUUUCCGCCAACAUUUUAAGAAGCAAGUCUCGUGCUGCAAGGCCAAGCUUCGCACAAAGCCUCCCAGCGCUCCCCACAGCAAUUCACCCCCCAGAGCUCUGUCAGUCACAGGCAGCACACACGGCUCAGAAAUCAGCAUUACGCUGCUGACAGAUUACAGCAUCACAAAAGAAGAGGAAAGUGUGUAGUUCGUUUGUGAGGAAGGACAGAAAACGAGCGUUUGCAGUCAAGUCACUACUGCCUGCGUCAUGGAAGGAGGUGCCACGUCUUGCUCUGCCUCUGAAAGGAUUUUCAUCAGGAGUUCCUAACAUUUGUAAAACACACAACAAAGAAAGCAAAGCGUGUGCGAGAAGAAGCUAAAGCAGCUGAAAUUUUCGGUGUAAGCUCAGAGGAAUUGCUCACAUGCCCAAGCAUGAACACACACCCUUGGCUGAGGUUCGUGUGCUGGACAGGAGACUGCAACGUUGCUGUGAGAAUUGGCCAUGGGGAUUGCUUUGUUCUCAGUGAUUUGUUCUUUCUCUUGUGACUGGAAGCUCCCUUCUGUCAAGUACCUGCAUCUAAAGCAUGCAUAUUGAUCAAACCAUCAACCUGGCAGGUGUUUGGUUUAUUUCCUUUCUUGUCCCAAAUACUGAAAAUUGAUACAUGCACUGGGAAAUAAGCUAAGAUGAGAGAAAGGUAAAGCUUGUAGCAUGGUGUGAUAAAAAAGAAAAGCAUUAUUGCCAGAUCCACAUUGCCCUUUGCUCCACCAGUGACUUUGAAAUUCUGACUGCAGAGCUGACUGCAGUGACAGGGAUGCUCUCUCUACAUCAAACGAACCAGCAGGUCAUUGUUCUGGUCAGCGAUAAUCAUCUUUAUCAAAUUUGUAAAAUUUCUUUUGAUCUAUGGGUCAACGCAUCAACAAGAGCUUUGUUCUUCACUGCUACAGUGAUUUUACAUCAAGAGUUGCAGUUUGGAUUCGCAGUGCACUUCCAAAGCUAACUGCUCAGUCAUCCCCACCUGCCUUACUUUGCUCUGUCUCCCAGAGCAGCCUUGAGUGCACAACCUGUAUUUCUUCUGGAGGAAACCGUUCAGACAUGGGACCAGACUGGAUCUGACAGCCCCCAAAAGCACAGUGCAUGAGUGCCAGGAUAACCAUUUCUCUCCACAGACCCUCCUCUACUGCAGUGUAUUGCUUGGUCAAGUGGCCAUUUCUAAACCACCCGCACAUUUCUAAGCAUGCAGGGAGGGCUGGAUUUUUCCAUUGUACUAGCUUUUAUGAGAUUAGCUUUCUCAUCUCACAUCCACUUGCUCUGAUAACACAAGUCAGUGAUAGCCUAUCACGGGCAGCCUCUAUAUCCCCAAAAAGCUCAGCAGCUUGUCAGGAAAUAACAGGAAGCAAAUCUUCCAACCCCACCUUAUAAAAGUGUUGAAUGACACUUGUUUUUAUUAAGCUGUGUACCCUGAACCAAAAUUUUGUUCUGUGGGAGUUGAUGGUUAAAAAAACCACAACGGAUUUUCCACUGCAUAAAGUAAGGGAUUCCAUCUCAAAAAAAGAAUACAUGCGUUACAUUAUUGAAGGGAGGCCGCAAUGUAUGAAUCACACAGAACGGUGCUCUUGGUCAUAGAAGUUUGAACUGGAUGUCUCAUUUGACAGGCUACCUCACCCCUCAAGACAUAGUGCUCCUCCAGCUGCACACAGCCCUUCACCAGGAUGGAAAUCCAUCCAUCCACGCACUGUUAUUUGAGUUCUUUGUAUGAAGCAGAAAAUCUCUUUGCAGUCUCUCUCUUCUGACUGCCCUCAUCAGAAUAAUAAAACCACGCUAGAAAUCCCAAGGUGUUGGAAUACAACCUCUAUAGUCCUCUUAAACCAGUUUAAUGAUAGCCCAUUUUAAUGCCAUCAAGCCUGGCCUUGUUUUACUUCUCUCUUCACAUUACUCGCUGCAAGGCGAUAAGCACUAAUUAUUGAAAUGCUGUCUCCAUUUUAUUGUAUCAACUGUACGCCACAAUAGGACCACUGCAGUAAAUGGAAACAUAACAACACAGAAAUGCAAUUUAUGGGAAAGUGGACUCCAGAGAUGUUAAUUUUGUUCUUUGUCUGAACAGAACACAUUCCUUGGUACUGAGGUACAUACGAGUAUGUACAUACUGCGUUGAUAUUCUCCCAUUCUAUUUAGUGGAACUGCACAGUGAGAUACAGAUGGGUAAAUAAGCCUACACAUUUAAGACCCUAAUUUUCUCUUCCUAGAUCUUCCUACAGAGAAUUCUAAAUAAAAGAAAGAUCAACAAACACUGCACUUCCUUACACCACUCUUGAUUCUAGCUUAUUAAAGCCUUUAGCAAAUAAUCCACCACAUGUUUCUGGACCCCACAGUUUGUCUCUGUCUGAGAGCAUAUUUCCCACUGCAAAAUCCUUGCUAUACAGUAGGCCUUAAAAAUCACUGUUUCCUAAUUCACCACUUUAUUUGCUCUGCAUGCAAAUUUGCUCUUUUUGCUUGUGUAAUGACUCCUCCAGCUGGAUGGUCUAUCUAUUGCUCACACACUGUACUAGCAAAUUGAUGUUUUUACUACAUGCUGCACAUCUUUCAAGCCAUAAUUUAAGUACUCCAUGUACCUUAUGCGUUAAUUCCAUACUUUCAAAUCUUCAUGAGAUGUUGAAUUACAGUGAUAUAUUGGACAAUAUUUUUAUCUGAACGAUCUGAUAUUUCUCAUUGCAUCUAUUUAUCCAAUAUAAAUAUCCAUAAAACAUCUUUGUGUUGCCAUAACUGGGUUUAGGGGAAAGGGUUGCUUCUUUCAGUGUAUUUUCUCAGUGCUGAAAAACAGCUCUCUCAGCCCUAAGUAGUA